ACACAACCCCCCCCCCCCCCCCGAAUCAUUUGAUUCAGCUUGAUAGAUAAAUGUGAGAGUGAACCCAAAAAAGAGAGAACAAAAUGCUGAUAUUAAACUGAACAAAGCUCAUAGUAACUAGCGGCUUGCGGAACUGUGGUUCGUGGUUCGUGUUGCAUUACGGAAGUAUUAUCGAUGCACACGUGUGCUGCGCGCUUGAAUCUGAACUGCGCUCUUUCGCACCUACCUUUAUGGUUGUUUAAGUACAUUAAUUGGUUUUAAUUGUGUGCAAUGGAAAGCGACAUACUUGAUGGACUUGAUCAAGUCGGCUACAAUGGUUCCCUUGAUGAAAAGGCGCUUUCAGUGGCAUGCGAGCAAGGGUUUAACUCUCAGGAGUUUGCACAUGUGUGUACAUGGUUAUCAUCAAAACUUCACCAACACUGUGAAGCCAAGGAUCAGAUGCCAGAAAUAUCAGAUCCUGAAAAAGCAAAGCUUCAGUUAAGCAAACUGUUGAAAGAGCUGUCCUGUCCAUACAAAGGGCUUGAUGGGGAACUGAAGACCAAAAAGGAGCAUCUGAAAAUCCUUUUGUUUUUAGUAUCAGAACUUCAGGCCAUGCAGAUUAUAACAAGCAAAACGGUUAAAGACAGAAAGGUUGAGAAAAAGAUCUCGCCUCUUCAAGACCUCCAAGCAGUUUGUAAAGUGCUGAAAAUCCCAGAGCCAGACCAACAGCAAACAAGAGACUUAUUUUCAUCUAUAGAAAAUGAGGUAAAGGUUUUGCUGAAGAAAGUUCCAGAGAAGCACAUUGGAAAACCAGUGUUAAAGGAGUCCCUUAACAGUGAGCAAUGGAGACAGCUGGAGAAGAUAAAUGGUGUUCUUUUGGCAGACUAUGAGUGUCGUCGGCGCAUGCUGAUCAAACGGUUGGAUGUUACUGUGCAGUCUUUCAGCUGGUCAGACAGAGCCAAGGCAAAAACUGACAUGAUGGCCAGGGCCUAUCAGCCAAAGAGGCACUCACUGACAUUAAAGUCAUCAAUAAGCCUUGCUCACCUCCUGGCAGCACGAGAAGAUAUCUGCAAUGUGGUGAAAACCAGCAGUGAGUCCUGCAGGGAGAGGACUGCCUGCGCUGUGAACAAGGUGCUGAUGGGAAGGGUUCCUGAUCGAGGUGGAAGACCCUCAGAGAUUGAAGCUCCUCCCCCUGAGAUGCCGCCUUGGCAGAAGCGACAGGACGGAGGCGGAAGAGGAGGAGGCGGAUACAGAGGAGGUGGAGGACGUGGGGGUGGUGGCUACGGAGGUGGUGGAUAUGGAGGAGGUGGUUACGGAGGAGGUGGACAUAGAGGUGGAUAUGGAGGAGGUGGACAUGGUGGUGGAUAUGGAAGAGAUGGACAUGGGAGUGGAGGAUAUGGAGGAGGCGGACAUAGAGGUGGUGGAUACGGAAGCGGUGGAUGGGGCCGAGAUAGAGGUGGAGGACGAAACCAGGGAGGAAGGGGUGGUAAGGGGGGUUAUUAUCAGCGUUAACAGUAUUUCCUUUGUGAUAGAAUCUAAGCACAGAAUUGAAAUGAAAGUGCAUAUGAUUAAAUGUGUUAAGUUGCUUUUGUGUGGCCACCACAGAUUUUCUGUUGUUUUUAUAAUUAUCUUGAAAAUGUGCUCAGAGACAGAAAUAGGAAUCAACAUAUUUAUAUCACUCAGAUGUGAUGCAUUGACUUGGAUGAAUGGGCAAGGAACAAUGAGAAACAUGUCUGUAAUACUAUAGUGUUUAGUUUUCGGGUGCACAUUCACUUUUCAAAUCACCUUUUGUAUUAUUUAUGUGCACUUUUUAUUUUGUUUGGUAACCAGAUUUGUGCGAUUGGUCCUAGGGAUUAGCAUUCUGUUAUAUUAGAUUAGGAUCAUGAAGACAUGACAGCAGUAAAAGUGCAACAUUACUUCUAAAUAAAGCUGCUAUAAUCUAGCACCUCUGCAAAUGACAUUUUUUGCAGAAUGGUGCUGAUGCCUUUAUAUAUAUAUAUAUAUAUAUAUAAUUUCUCUUAAGUUUAUUCAGUAGAAUGGGUUAUUUCUGAUGUAUCCUAAAUACACUACUGGCAAAGAAAAAUGUGACGUGAUUAAAAGUGAGGAUAUGAACUCAUGCAUAACAGAUACUGGGGUGUCAAGAAACAACUUUGGCAGUAGAUCAAACUAAUAAACUUUUGUGUGUUUUCCUUUGCUUUGGAUGGUUUUGGUUGAUUUUUUUAAAAAUUAAAAAAAUGGAAAUGUGGCCUGACUUCUGCUAGUUUUGGUAGAAGAUUUGUGUGGGCAAGCAAUCAAAAUAAUUUAUAGUUUUUAUCUUAUUUCAUACACACAGGGGCUCCAACAAAACCAUCUCUAGUAGGUCGAAGUAUUAUGCCAUGGACUUCUCUCAAUUAGUUAAAAUAAAACUGUUAAUACUGUCUGAAAGAACCCUGUUUUUAUGAUUAUAGCAUUUAAAAUAGUUUGUUCUAAUGGCAUCAAGCAUCGGGCCUGAAGAGUGUAGUCACCAGCAAAACUAUACCUGCAUUUAUGUUAGGUGUCAAGAAAAGCUUCUUUAGGUACAUGGACAUGUAAAGAGUUGGUCCUAACUUCUGUUUGG